AUGGGGCUGCAGGUGCUCCCCAGGGCCAUGGGCAGCUGGUUGAGGACACCAGCCAGGCUUGCCUGGGGAAAACCAUCAGCCUCUGGCUGGGCCAGAGCAGAGAAGGGCUGUCAGCUGCCCCAUUUCCAGUCCAAGGAGAUAAUGAAGAGGAACAAACUCCAGCAGGAACGGCUGGGCCCAGGAACGUACAACAUCAGGGACUUUCUGCAGGAGACACGGCCCUCCAGCGUCCGGGGGAUCUGCGACACGAGGGAGCAGCGCUUCAGAGAUGGCCGGAGGGACUGCUUCCCCGGCCCCGGCACGUACGACCCCCAGGGGAACCCCUACACCCACUUUGAGGAGAGGAACAAGCACUCCGCCAGCACGCGAGGGCUGAUGGACAGCAGGACGGCGAAGUGUGCCCUGCCGCCAGCCCUGGGCAGCGGCCUGGGACCCGGCACCUACAACCUGCGUCUCGGGGGACAGAGGAGAGGCACCGAGCUGAGCACUGACACUGUCAAAGGUUUCCUGGACAAGCUGACGUCGAGGGAGAACAAGAAGAAAGGCUGCUUCAGCACCCUGCCGAGGAACCCAGGCUGCCCCACGGAGAGGAUCUUCUGGGCCACGCUCAGCCAGUGCCCGAGGGAGGCGUGGGCAGUGGGGCCGGGCUCCUACAACCCAAAGCCCGUUGGGAGAUCAGCGUGCUCCAGCCAACCCCCGUUCUGGUCAUCUGCCAAGAGAUUCGACACAAAGUCCUACCGCCUCUUUACUGGGAACGAGCAGCAUCAGCAGCACGCUGCAGAGCCAGUGCAGAACCCUGUAGGUGUUGGUCGCUAUGAUAUCACCGAGCAUGAAAAAUACCCUCGGAAGAUGAGAUACCAGUCCCUGUACCGGUGUGAUGCACAGCGGUACCUGAGCAACUUGAAGCGGGAUGCCUACUUGCUCGAGCGGCUCAAGCCUGUUGCUAAAAACAACCGGAGUGAUUUGAUUUCUGCUCCGCAUUGGUCAGAUACCUCUGAAGAAAUCACUGCUGUUUUCCACACGUAA